GAAAUAAAUACAAGAGGUGACGUUCAGAAAUUCUCUUUGCCUUCCGUUUGUGGUGCCCAACCGCACACCCACAUGUUUGCACAAAUUUGGGUAGUUUCACCGUGCAUGUGGAUUGUGGUCAGAGAACUACGUGUCUACACUCUACACUGUAUUAUUCAAUCGAGAAAGAAAAAAAGAAAAAAAAGAACUGGGGUUGAUAACUUGAUCAGUUGAUUCUAUAUAUUUAAAAGAUCUCUCAUCUUCUUCCUCAGAUAAUUUUUUCCUUCUCCGAUCAAAUAUCCGGUGAACCAGUCUCGUGGAUAAAACUUUUUUCAUAUGUUCAUCGUCAUAUUUCUUGAUCAAAAUCCAUGGAGAAAAUCAAUUCAAAAAGAGUUGCAGUUGUCACCGGAGGAAACAAAGGUAUUGGACUUGAGAUUUGCCGUCAAUUGGCCUCAAACGGCGUUACCGUCGUAGUAACUGCUAGAAACGAGAAUCGAGGUAUUAAAGCUAUCGAAAAUCUCAAAGUUUCUGGCCUUAACGAUGUCGUUUUUCAUCAACUUGACGUGAAAGAUCCGAUGAGUGUUGGUCGGUUGGCCAAAUUCGUCGAAUCUCAAUUCAAAAAGCUCGAUAUCUUGGUCAACAAUGCAGCUGAAAGUGGAAUAAUCGUGAAGUAUGACGAAUUUAGGGUCUUCAAAGAUGGAGCAGGAUAUGAACAAGUGGUUGACGAAAACGCACAUCUUUUAACUGGGAUUUUGGAACAACCUUCCGAUUUGGGAGAAGAUUGUAUCAAAACAAAUUACUAUGGAACUAAAGGAGUAACCGAAGCGUUUCUUCCGCUUCUUCAUCUCUCUGAUUCACCAAGAAUAGUCAACGUUUCUUCUAAUUAUGGAGAACUACAUUGGAUCCACAAUGAGAAGGUGAGAGCAGAGUUUCAAGAUAUUGAAAAUCUUACUGAAGAUAGAAUUGAUGAGAUCAUCGAAUGGUUUUUGAGGGACUUGAAAGACAAUAAGUUAUCGGAAAACGGUUGGCCUUUAACGGUUGCCGCUUAUAAAGUUUCAAAAGCUGCGAUUAAUGGUUACACAAGGCUUUUAGCAAGAAAGUUUGGUAAUAUUCUUAUGAAUUGUGUUCAUCCAGGUUAUGUGAUUACUGAUAUCACAUCUCAUACGGGGCACUUGACCCCAGAAGAAGGUGCUAGAGCUCCGGUCAUGGUUGCUUUGUUGCCGGAUGAUGGUCCUUCUGGAGUCUAUUUCAAUCAAAUGAAUAUAUCCUCAUUUUGAUAAUAUGAAAUGUUUCUAAGAAGUUGAUGAAAUUUGGUGUUUUCUAUUAAUAAAUCUAGAAAUAAUAUGAAUGAUUGGGUUUUAAAUGUUGCAAUCUAUAACUGUAUUAAACUAUAAUGUUGGGUAUAAUAAGUAUUUGUGUUUGGU